AAUUGCAGGAUUGCGCUCCUUCUGCGACGUUAUAAUUCACAAGUUGCUCGCUGGCAAUCAGCAGAAACAAGGCUUUAACCUGUGGGGUUGUGAGAAAGAGGAGCAUCUUCCGCCUCCUCCUCCUCCUCAUUCCCCUGAUUCUCCUCCUCCAUCCCUUCUUCCCUCCCGCCCCCACCCCCGGAGAGAAAGGGUUAAUUGGAGUAGGAAUUUCAUCGCACAUCUGUCAGAUUUUUAAGGCCGUGACGCACUGAAAAGCAGAGGGGAGGGGGUCGAUGAGAGCGAGAGGGGGAGGAGGAGGAGGAGAAGGAGGAGGAAGAGAAGGAGAAAGAGUUGGUGGUGCUGCUGCUGCUGCUGAGAUCGAUGAAGUGGCAGGCAGAGAGGCAAGAGGAGGAGGAGGAGGAAAAUCUCACGAGAUAAUGAAAAGAAGAGGAGAGAGCUGCUAGUGUAUAGUGUAAGAGCGCAAAAAAAAAGGAGAAGGCGGAAAGAAUACUGACCGGAUUUUGGUUUGUUCCAGAGUGGGAUAGAAAGAGGAAAAGACGAGAAAAGAGGAAAAAGCGAGAACAGAGAGAAAGAAAGGAUUGUGCGUAAUCGCAGAUGGUUUUUGCGCUUUGGUUUCGGUGAGCGUUCGCACCCACGGGGCGCAGCGCACGGAUUGUGCGUGGAUCUGCAGGGACUGCUCGGCGACACAGACGGAGACAUGCUCAGGACAGGACGGAGAUGAACAGCCGAGGACGCGCUCUAAGAAGUGGACACUGAAAAAAAGACUCAGACCCGAGGCUCCAGCACAGCUGAGAACCAAAGACACAGGAGGCGACAGAGUCCAGGCAGAAAUAAAAACAAGAGCUGAGACUCAGAGCUCCUUCUGCUGCCAACUCCGUCCCUGGGACUUUGAGGGGAGUUAGAAGACAGUACUUAACGUUAUCAGAUAAUUAAUUAGACACCCCAUAAGCCCGGAAAUCAAUUAAUUCACAAAUCAAUAAAUCCAUAGUCUGGUGUAACAGGAGAGCUUCCAGACUGUUAGCACCGCCGCUGAACAACAAUAACAAGAAGAGGAAAGAAAUAAACACGACGACGACGACUAAACAGGAGCCUAGAAAUUCAUUUAAGUGAUGAUGGAUGGAGGUCUGGGAGAGAUGUCCCUCCACACUCACCCUGACCUGACCCACAGUCAGGACGGCAGGGCCAUGCUUCACACCAGGGACCUUUCAGCUGCUUUCCCCAGGCCUUCCCUCGGGGGCCCCACCAUGUCCCUGGAGCCGGAGCACCGUCCACCGGGCUUCGACCACACCAUGUCGGCACUGGGCUACAGCGGCGACUCCCCGUCCAGCUCUGGCAGCACCUACACCACCCUGACCCCCCUGCAGCCCUUUGACGACAAGUUUCACCACCACCAUCACCAUCACCCCUGUCUGCCGGUCAGUAAUGUCAUUGGCAGCUUCACCCUUAUGCGUGAGGACCGAGGCCUCAGCACUAAUUUCUACAACCCCUACGGCAAAGACCUGGCCAUGACCCAGAGCCUCUCACCACCAACCACAGGCUCAGGCCUCAGCUCCUCCAUGCACGGCUACGGCAGCCUGGGUAACAGCCCCAACGGCAACGGUGGCCAGAUGAUCCACAGUGGCUACGACGUCCACGGAGGAAGCCUAUUCUGCAGGACGUCGGAUUUUGGCCGUGAGAUUUCGCCACCGGGGCUCGGCGGAGGCGAGGUCUCGGUGGGGCAUCAGUUGAACAAAAUGGAGGCUCACCAGCACGCCACAGGCCACCACCCUCACAUCUACAGCCAGCACUACCAACCUCACCACCACCCCAGCCAGCAGGCCUCCAAGGUGAGCGAGCACCUGCACUCCUCCUCGUCCGCCGCAUCCUCACCCGGCGAGGGCAUGCUCUCGGGUUUGCAGGGCAGCAAUGGCAGCGGUGGAGAGGAGAUCAAUACCAGGGAUGUGGCCCAGAGGAUCAUCACCGAGCUGAAGAGGUACAGCAUCCCCCAGGCCAUCUUCGCCGAGAGGGUGCUGUGUAGGUCACAGGGCACACUGUCCGACCUCCUGAGGAACCCCAAGCCCUGGGGCAAGCUCAAGUCCGGCCGUGAGACCUUUAAGAGAAUGUCCCGCUGGCUCCAGGAGCCAGAGUUUCAAAGGAUGGCCUCGCUCCGGCUGGAGGCCUGCAAGAGGAAGGAGCAGGAGCAGAGCAAGCUGGAGCGCAACCAAGGCCCCAAGCGAACCAGGCUGGUUUUCACAGACCUGCAGCGCCGCACGCUGAUGGCCAUCUUUAGAGAGAACCACCGCCCGACCAAAGAGCUGCAGGUGACCAUCGCCCAGCAGCUAGGCCUUGAGCUGUCCACUGUCAGUAACUUCUUCAUGAACGCCCGCCGACGCAACAUCAACAAGUGGGCGGACGAGGGCCGUCCCUCCUCCACAGGGUCCUCAGGCUCCAGCGUCUCCUCUUCCGCAGUGUCCUGCAGCACGGCGUGAUGUCAGAAACCGCCUUGGGUGCGGUGGGGAGGGCGCUGAGGGAGCAAGGGGGCACAUAGACUGGUCUGAGCAGAGAUCGGCCGUCAUAAAUGUCCUCCUCGUUAUCAGAAGGAGCGACGGAGCCAGCUUUCUUAGAUGAUGUUAUAAAAAUGAAGCAUUUUUCUCAAACCAAAGUUGAUCGCCUCCUUGAAAUGGAAGGAGGCGAUACCCAGAGUGAUACCAAAGCAGGAUGGGAGGUCCUGCUCUUGUAUAGUCAAGGGUGAAGAGAUGCUUUAACUCAGAAGAGUCUCACCCUUACAUAGACACCAUCUCAUUAUUAUGUUAUUUUGAUUAUGUAGAUUAGAGAUAAUGAGGGUAUUACAAAUCAGGAGGAAACAUAUUUUUUUGGUGUACCUUCGAAUCUAUCGUCAUCUCUCCAAGGAUGAAGAAUCAAAAAUGGGUCGUUUGCUCGCAUCUGGAGAGCUCCAUUGUGUUAAUCAAAAACUCUUUACCAUCAUCCAAAGACAUUCUACCCUUCCCCAAGCGGGUCCACAGUAUCGGUCCUAUUAUUCCUCGAGAAUCAAGGUGAAAGAGGAAGAAAGGGCCUUUUCUUAACUUUUAUUUUCUGAAGAACCUGAUUUCCAUCGUAAUCAUCAUAGCAUGUAUUUCCAUGGUGAGUGUUCCACCUUCGGAGCAUCCGUAGCGUUUGUAAUUUCCCAACUGUCAAUCAUCUACCAUCCACAUGAGCCUUUCCUGUGGUUCAAAAAUAUACCCUCACCUCGAAUGAAUCAAGGGUUUUCGAGUGGGAAGGGAAAAAAAAAACAAAGAUCAUCUCAUCAGAUGCCAGGACAGAAUCAAUAAACACAAAGAGAAAACACACAAAGAAACGGACACGUUGGUGCAAAUGUCUAGCUUUAAGACUCUCCAUCGAGCUUCCAACAAAAGCUCCAGCCAUUUUUUGACUCAAACCAAAAAAAGUACAAAAAAAAAAAGAGUAAAACAGCCUUUAUAUGCAAAGGCUUCACCAGGAGGUAGACGUAACACAAUGUAUAGUGAUAUUGUAGUAUUUUUUCCACUCAUUUUCAGAACAACUGUACACACCUCUGCUCCAUAUUUAAGUCUUUUUUUUUACAGAUGUCUAGAGAAAAAACAAUGGAGGAAUGUGAUUCUUUCAGCCCUUUUUGUACAGAUCUCAAGCACAUUGCUCUAUUUAUAGAAACACGUCGGAAGUGCGGGGUGGUUUGUUUUCAGCCCUGCUGACGUAUGGACAUACGUACUAGGUUUUUUUUUUGGUCCACAAAGGAAAGGCUUUGAAACGCCUCCUUAUAGCCAGUAGUUAAAAAGAAGAAGAAGAAAAAAAUCGAACCGACAACAUUUCAAAUGCAAAUACUGAUCUGAUCAACCUAUUUAUUACUGCAUUUGUAUAUUUAUUGUUUUUCCAUUUUAUUUCCUUAUUUAUUUUUAAUUUAUUUAUGCUAUCUAUAUACUGUAAGUAUUUAUUUAAUGAUGCUCUGUAUGUCUGUGUGAAACUGAAGACUUUUUUCUGAUGGGCACUUUUAGCUGUAGAAUCCCAUCAUAAUACCAAAGAUUAACAUUGCCUCCCUGAAUGUACGGCCUGAGUCCCUAUACCCCUGAACCUAAACCCUGAACCCCACCCCAACCUAAACCACCCAGUGUUGUUAAGUAUCUCUAUCUCCAAGGCCUGGCCUUUUGUUUUGGUUUAGUUUUUUCAAUGUAGAAAACUGGGGAUUUCCUUACUCUUGCAAGUGUCUCUGCAGUCAGCUCCUAAUGCCAAGACCAAAGCCUGUUUGAAUGUUGUGAUAAUAUUUAUAAUACCAAUAUAUUGGUAACGAUACCGUUAACAAUGACGACAUCGAUGAUGGGGUGGCAUCCCAUAGCUUCACAGGUUGCUUGUGAAGACGUGUUUUAACCAAUGCCAUCUGAUGGGGCAGCGGUAAAUGUCUGGGGACCCACUUAAAGUGAAGGCCCCGUUGAGUGCGAGUCCUUCAGGGUCACAUGCGAACAUGCGUACUCUGCUUCUGCCUGGGGAAAUGCAUGGUUCUGACCUCCUCUCUAUCCAACUCGAUCACCUGCCCCCUUGUCGUCCUACCCUCCCCAGUGCAGCGCAGACAGUCUUGUCUAAUGUGCAGCUCAGUGUGAAUCACUGUCCACCACAACCUCGCCUUUCUGCCAGUUCUCUCAGUUCCAGGAGAAUAAAUUACUUAUUUUCAGAUGAAUUCUGAAAGACUGUACUGGACUUUAGGACUGUGAAAGCUUAAACGGUUCCAGGACUUAUAUUAGGGCAUUGACACAUCGGGGGUUUAUCAUGGAUUUACAGGAAAUUUAUGUAAAACAUGUAUCUCUUCUGAGAGGAAUCUUAAUAUUACCAGCUAGUACAGGAUUUCCUUUGUCAUCAAUUGAUACCUAAUUCAAAGAAACCAAGGAUCUGAUUCUGAUCGGAUCAUUAAGGUGUACUCCUAGCUCUCCUGUCCCUCGUUUGGAAAUCCCAAAUUAAGUUAUGAGGCUGUUUUAGCUUGUCUAAUUUGUCCCUGGACUUCUAUUGUCCCUGAUCCCUAGAGUCUGUACCUUUUCUUGAAUGCUGUGAGAUUUGCAGUCUCUAGUCCAUCAAUUUGUUACACCUAGUCAUUGUUGUCCUCUAUGUCCAAAUUCUCUUAUUAAAUCAAGAGGCUUCUCGAUCUUAAAGGAUUUUUCCAUUUAGUAUGUCCGGCUUCUGGGCUCUGUAUCUCAUUUUGGAGAUACCAAAGGUCUGUUUAAGCUUAAACAUGAUUUCCAGAGCUUCACCAGCCUAGAUUUCCUAAUUAAGAAAAUUCACCAAAGUCUUAUUUGUAAUAUGUAUUCCUUUACUUUUCUGGAAAUACCUCUUAGGUAUGUAGAAUUUGUAAUACUACUUCUGAGGCCAUCGUGGUUUAAAUUUUUCCAACCUUUUUUAUCAGAAAGCACAGGAUUUAUCAGUGAGUGUCUUCCUCCAUACGUCUUGCACAAACAGACAUCUUGGUUUGCCUGCCUAGGGCUUAAAUCAAGAGAAAUCACCAAAGAUCACUACAUCUUCCAAGCCAUUUCGUUUCGCUUCUUGGGGGAAUCUGAAAAUUAGUUGUUCAGCCUUUACAGCUUGUUGGAGUUUUAGGGGUUUCCAACUCAUCUUGGAAAAAUCCUGGAUUUUUCGGAAAGCACAGGAUUUGUCAAUGACUGCCUUCACCUGUGUAAUCUGCACAAGCUACACCAUCCCCAUGCUCCAGCUUUCACCAGCCUAAAGCCUAAAUCAGAAGAAAUCACUGAAGAUCUGAUUCUGAGACCCACGUGUAAAUGCUGCCCAAGGGUGGCAAGGCUUCCCUGGUCAUUUUCAAUCCUCUUUCUCUCUGUCUGGCCCCGAUUUUUGGUUCGGUCUCUCAAUUUUUCUUUCUUGAACGUUGAAACGGGAGGAUUGUCUGGGCCCCCUUCGCAGUGUGCACUUGAAAGACAGGCGGUCAUGAAAGAGGCCAUCGACUUUUUCCAUGCACUUCAAAGGAAAGGCCUUUUUCAUCCCAUCUCCUCUCUGGGUAUUUGGUCUAGGGUUUGCUCUUGGCCAGACCUAUGGGCUUUAGGGGGCAUUCAAAGAGGGCGGAGGAAGAUCAGAGAGGAGGCGGAAUAGUGCAGAAUGAGGACAGUGGUUGUGGAGGGUGUGUGUGUCGGAGAAGAGAUGGAUGGGAGGGGGGGUUUUCUUGUGGAACAUAAGGUUGUUGAACUAGCAGGGCAUGGAGCUGAAUUAAACUUUAAUGAGCAACAAUUGUAAGCAUGCUGAGAGUGAAAGGUGGGGGACAGAGGUUGGGGGUGAGACAAUUGAGACUGUUCUGAGAGGAGGGCGGGUGAAAUAUAAAAAAUAAAAGAGCUUGGAGGCUUCUUUGUGCGACCCCUGCGCGCUACUGUCAUCAUAUCAAAGCGGAGGUGACACCUUUCAGGUUUCCCUUUGUCUCUGACUGCAAGCCUAAAAUGGAGACAUAGCUUUUUGUAUUGAGCCACCGUCUGCUCUGUGUCAAGCAGGGGAGCUCUUCCUUUUCUGUACUGGAGGCAGAAGAUAAAAGGAGGGAGGGAGGGUGUGAAUUCAUUGAACUGUUGCAGGUGAUUUGCGUUGGCACUUUAACCUGCGGCACCCCCUAGUGGAUUUAAUAGUAACUUGACCGCUGAGGCCGUUGCAGAGUUAAAGUCGGGAGGGGAGUCUGGAGAGUAAAUAAUGCAUUACAGUAGUAGAGCUGAAAGAUGUAACUUUCAGAAUAAAAAUUUUAAAAAAUACCAAAAAAAAAAAAAAAUCUCUUUGAUGAACCAAAAAAGGAAAAACAAACCAAAGAUUGAUGGGUAACUGCUGAACAGCUAAGUAUUAUGGGUAGUUUUAGCAGUUCCCUGUCAGAGCUACAGUAGCACUCAGAGGAUUCAAAGAACAAAAGCACCAGUGGGGUUCAGCGUGCUGAUUACUUACAUAAAACAGUAUUACGUUGAGCUGGAACUGAGAAACUGACAUGAGGCAGUGUCUUCAGAGGGAUGUCUUUUUACUCUGUAAACCCCUGUGCCCCCCCCCCCCAUCACUCCCAGCCCCCUUGUCCCUGUGUGUACAUGAAGACUUUUACCCAUCUACCUCAACUGUGUGAGAUGUUGUGUGGCAAAGAUAUUCCUAACCAAAGAAUCCAUCCUGUCAGGGUGUCUGUCCGUGUAUCUAACGUAUCUAUCAAUCUAUCUCAUGUCUGUCCAUCUGUCUCUUUUCAUGCCUUUUUGCUCCAAACCAAAUGUGCUGGAAUCAAUCCGAAAACGGGAACCGUAAGGUGGUUUCCCGUCCAGCCAAAGCUAAGUCCAGUAUGCUUGCGUGUCCCAUUGAUCCAUGCUCUGUAUAUAAAUACAAAUGUCAAGACCAAAAAAGAGGAGGUGACAAUCCAAGCAAGGAGGAUCUUGCUGUAAUCAACGUUGCCUAUUCCUUGUUUUCCGAAAAGCUAGAAUCAUGUGACUUGCUGUAACAGUGGGGGGGG